GUGGACAGCUCUAUGUUUCAAGCACAGAAAGAGAAUGGCCAAGAUAUUGUGCAUUUUGUCUGCAAUAGUUUUUGUCGUGAAAACUGACGAUGUCAGCGAAUUUAAUGCAACUAUCCCAGCCGUUAACAUGACAUUGAACUCUACUGUUAACAGAACGAUAGCUUUUAAGACGCCUGUGUUCUCAUUAUUCUCCACCACCACCACAGCCAAUAAACCAGUUUUGGGAAAGAAAAAUGCAGAUGACAAGCGCAUCGAUCAAGACGAGGAUGGAAAACAUGAAUCCAAGAAUGGCACAGCAGACGCAAAGAAAGAACCUGACUGUCCCCCUCUGGGUCUGAAGUCACUGAGGGUUGAUGACAGCCAGAUCCAGGCUUCAUCCUACCUGCGGAUGGGACUUGGCCCUCACAGGGCAAGACUCAAUAUACAGUCAGGUAUCGAGGACGGAGACAUGUAUGAUGGUGCGUGGUGUGCUAAGUAUGAGGACCAGCACCAGUGGCUGCAGGUGGAUGCUCUGCGCCCUACGCUGUUCACAGGAGUCAUCCUGCAGGGACGCAACUCCAUCUGGAGCUGGGACUGGGUUGAAACCUACAAAGUGCAGCUGAGUAACGACUCCGAGACCUGGAAGACCUGCAUGAACGGAACAGAGGAGGCGGUGUUUGUUGGAUCCCGAAAUGAACCUGAGACACCCUACCUGGCCCUCUUCCCUCAGCCCGCGGUGGCUCGUUGGAUCCGCAUCAACCCCCAGACCUGGUACUGGAACGGGACAAUCUGUCUCAGAGCAGAGGUACUGGGAUGCCCCCUCCCAGAUCCGGACAACGUUUGGCAACACUUCUCUGAAAAACUGUCUGGCUCUAAAGAUAACCUGGACUUCAGACACCACAACUACAAGGAGAUGAGGAAGCUGAUGAAGGCUGUGAAUGAAGAAUGCCCUCGUAUCACUCGUAUCUACACCAUUGGGAAGAGCCACACCGGACUGAAGCUCUACGUCAUGGAGAUCUCUGAUAACCCCGGAAAACAUGAACUAGGUGAGCCAGAGUUCCGCUAUGUGGCAGGUAUGCAUGGCAACGAGGUGGUUGGCAGAGAGCUGGUGCUGAACCUCAUGCAGUACAUCUGUCGAGAGUUUAGACGAGGCAACCCACGCAUCGUCCGUCUGGUGACCACCACACGUAUCCACCUACUGCCGUCUAUGAACCCUGAUGGAUAUGAAACAGCCUUUGAAAAGGGGUCAGAGCUGGCAGGUUGGGCUCUGGGGCGCUACAGCUACGAGUGGGUCGAUAUGAACCACAACUUCCCCGACCUGAACAAUAUCAUGUGGGACGCCAAGGAGAAUGACACAGACAUGGUUAAAACAGCCAACCACUACAUCCCCAUACCAGAGUACUACACUAAAGAGGAUGCCUUCGUGACCCCAGAGACACGUGCGGUCAUCAGCUGGAUGCAGGACAUCCCCUUUGUCCUGAGUGCCAACCUCCACGGGGGAGAACUGGUGGUUACCUACCCCUUCGACUGCACCCGGGACUGGGCCCCUCAGGAAAACACCCCUACAGCUGACGAUAGUUUCUUCCGCUGGCUGGCCACGGUCUACGCCUCCACCAACCUGGUCAUGGCCAACCCUGAUAGGAGGAUCUGCCACUCUGAAGACUUCCAACAACACAACAACAUCAUUAACGGAGGAGCCUGGCACACCGUCCCUGGGAGUAUGAAUGACUUCAGCUACAUGCACACUAACUGCUUCGAGGUGACGGUGGAGCUGUCGUGUGACAAGUUUCCUCACGCCAGCGAGCUUCCUACAGAGUGGGAGAACAACAAGGAGUCUCUGCUUGUCUACAUGGAGCAGGUUCACAGAGGCAUCAAGGGAGUGGUGAGAGACAAGAUGACGAAGAAAGGCAUUGCAGACGCCAUUGUGAAAGUGGAAGACCUGGACCACGACAUACGAUCAGCAGCUGAUGGGGACUACUGGCGUCUGUUGAACCCCGGGGAAUACAAAGUGACGGCGUGGGCGGAGGGAUACAUUCCCUCCGUGAGGCGGUGCAACGUCGGGCCCGAAGCACGCCCCACCAUCUGUGACUUCAUCUUGAUCAAGACUCCACGGCAGAGGGUGAACGAGAUCCUAGCUAAAGGAGGGAGGUUACCCCAGGAUCUACAACUGAAGCUGAGAGCACUGAGGCUCCGGAAACUAAGAGCCUCCACCAAGGCCAUCAAUCAGCGGAGGAAGAACAGCCGCAAGGCCAGGGGAACACGGUUCGCUAGGGCACCACGCCCUCUCACACCCCUGGCCUGAGAGACAGCGUCUCUAAUGACACCCUAUUCCCCACAUGGCUCUGGUCAAAAGAAGUGCACUAUAUAAAGGGAAUAGGGUGCCAUAGGGCUCUGGUCAAAAAGUAGUGCACUAUAUAGAGAAUAGGGUGCCAUAGUCUCUGAUCUAAAGUAGUGCACUAUGUAGAGAAUAGGGUGCCAUAGGGCUCUGGUCUAAAGUAGUGCACUAUAUAGAGAAUAGGGUGCCAUUUGGGACUUGAGGCUUUGAAACGACGGGGGUGUUUGAGAUGGACUACAUUGUAGUCAGCGACUACAGACAGACUGAAAUACAAAACGUCAAUGAGAAGUCAUUUUUAGAAAGGCGAUUUGUAAAUCCGACUGCUAUGUAGUCGAUCUGAAACAAGACACAGCGGCUUCAACACAAGUCUGUAUUCCCCUGUGAAUGUUAUGAUUUCAGAUUUGAAUAGCAGAGUCGUACAGGGAGAUUGUAUGUGCUCUAACUAGCUUGUUGGGACAGUGGUCAACAUGGUCAGUUGUUUGUUAAAAAGGUAGAGAAAUAAUGAAGUUGAUGAGGCUGUAUCUUUACAUUGGUAGGAAUAUUUCAUACCUUCUAACUAGUUGUUUGGCUUGUUGGGAAAGUGGUCAACAGUAGCUAGGUUUCCAUCCAAUUGGCGACAGAUUUUCAUGCAAAUAUAUAUAUUUUUUAAUCUGCAUAAAGAGAAUCUGCAUAAAGAAAAUCUGCAUAAAGAAAAUCUGCACAUAGAAAAUCUGCAUAAAGAAAAACUGCAUAUAGAAAAUCUGCAUAUAGAAAAUCUGCAUAAAGAAAAUCUGCAUAUAGAAAAUCUGCAUAUUUUCCCACCAGUGGUGUUUCCACCAAACUGGAUUUGUUGCGGAUAAAACGUCAGUCCGUGAUGACGUAGUGCGCAAAAAUAGUACUUUUUCACUUAACGGUUUUCACGUUACCGAAUUAAAAAUCAAAAGUUCAAUGUUUUUUCCAUCGCAUUUUCAACUCGUAUCGAUAGUUUGUUGCGCUGAAUAGCACACUCACGUGCGUACUCUAGCCAACAGCUCGGGUAAAGCCAUCUACACGAUGAGAUUAUUAGGGAUCAGAGAGAAGAUAUGUUUGUUGUUGUCGACCCGGCAGUCAUCAUGUCACCAGACUAAGACCGUGGAUAUGUAUUGUGAAGGAGCGGUCCAGCUCACAGCUUCCAUUCACCACCCUGUGAUGUUCAUCAUAACUCCAUUCAUCUGUAGCCUAAUAAACUACAUGGUUUCCCCGAGUCGUAGUGAGAGGACCACACGCCAAUAUCAUCUCGUGACUUCCCAACUUUACUUUGAUACGGUUCGAUAGCAAUUAUAUCAAUAUUUGCGCAUAAAAGACGCCAUUUCUCGCAUAAUUUAAAUUUUCCCGACAAAAAAAAAAAAGGUGUGAACGAAACAAAUUGUCUGUCGACAUUUAUAAAAAUUGUACUGAAACGACCUGUUUCCAUCACAGUUUCAAUUUGUCAAUUUUUUUUGUUUUUAUACAGUGUGACUUUACUGAAAUAGACACUGUGAAUGGAAACGUGGUUAAUGACAAUAGAUCUGGGACCAGGCGUGUGAAUAUUCAGUUUAGUUUAUCCUCUGGUCUUUAGCUGUUUUUACACUUAACUAUCGACUAUAUAGAAGAAGACCUUUUAUGAUGACGAGGGGAGGCCACGGCAGUAUCAGCUGGCCUGAUACGUUGUAUAUCAUUGUGUGUUUUGACUAUUUCAUUAAAGGACAAUUUGGGUAGAAA